ACACGAUUUACACACACACACACACGUUUAUCUGUAUAUAAACACGUAUAUGUGUGUAUAUAUAUAUACAUACUCAUCCACAAAACUCACUACUGCCAUGAACGUCCUCCUUUGAUUUUAUCUUUUUUGUUGUUUUCUUCUUUCGAAAUCAAUCAUGAGAUUCAGAUCUCUCAUCUCUCUCCUCUUCCUUCUCUUCUUCACUUCAUCUGCUUACGCUCGAUUCGUCUCCCUCCAUCCAUCUUCGACGAGUCUUAUCUCCGAUGGAAUCGACGGUGGUUCAAAUCUCGACGGUGGCUCCGGAUCGGUUAUCAAGACGGUUGUUUCGGCUCCGGCUGAGGAAAAGGAGGAAGCUUGUGAACAGACGUAUGGGUUUAUGCCGUGUACCAAGACCGCUCUUGGAAACGUGUUUCUGAUUUUGGUUUAUGGAUUUCUCAUGUUCACGGCUGCGACGUAUCUCUCUGCCGGAAGUGAGCUUCUUCUUGAGAUCCUUGGCCCUGGUAUUGUCGGUGGUUUGUUUCUUCCUAUGCUCGGUGCUCUUCCUGACGCUAUGCUUAUUAUGGUGUCUGGACUUUCUGGAGACGCAGCAACUGCUCAAAGCCAAGUUUCUGUGGGAAUGGGUUUGCUUGCUGGCUCCACUGUUAUGCUUCUCACUGUUAUCUGGGGAACUUGCACUGUGGUUGGCAAGUGUGACCUUCGAGAUUCUAUUGCUGUUAACAACCAAGACACUAAAGGCUUCCAUCUUAAAGAUUCUGGUGUAACUGUUGAUAUUUGGACCAGCUAUGCUGCAAGAAUAAUGGCUAUAUCAGUUAUUCCGUUCGUCAUUGUCCAGCUUCCGCAGAUGUUGGGCUCUACAUCUGGAAGACAAUUGUCCGUGUUGGUUGCUCUAAUCCUUUCAGUUCUUAUGUUGAUCUCUUACUGUGUAUAUCAGGUCUUCCAACCGUGGAUCCAAAGGAGACGGCUUGCUUUUGCAAAACACAAGCAUGUUAUAUCAGGAAUACUAAAGCACUUGAAACAACAUGCUCUGGGAAGGCUUCUUGAUGAUGAAGGUCAGCCUGAUGAACAUGUCAUUCGAAGGUUGUUUGAGACAAUUGAUGCAAACAAGGACGGACACUUAUCAGCGGCUGAACUAAAGGCGCUUAUCAUUGGGAUCAGCUUUGAGGAGAUAGAUUUUGACAAGGAUGAUGCUGUGGGAAAACUUCUCCAAGAUUUUGAUAAGACUCUUGAUGAGCAAGUUGAUGAAGAAGAGUUUGUCCGUGGAAUUAAGCAUUGGCUUAUCCAGGCAAUGGGAGGUGCUCCAUCUGGUCCUGAUGCCGGUCCUCGAACAAUGAAAUUCCUUGACAAUUUCCAUGUGCAAACAAAGAGAGAGCAUGCUCUGUUGGGAGAUAACGAGAAUGGUGAGAAUGAUGAGGAAGGCGAAGGCGGUGAGGUUGCAGACCCAAAAUGGGUCACCAUUAAAGCAGCUCUGCUGCUACUGUUAGGAGCUGCCAUUGCAGCUGCAUUUGCUGAUCCUUUAGUCGACACUGUUAACAACUUCUCCGCAGCCACAGGGAUCCCGUCUUUCUUCAUUUCCUUCAUAGCUUUGCCUUUGGCCACCAAUUCAAGUGAAGCUGUCUCUGCCAUCAUCUUCGCUUCCCGCAAAAAGAUCAGAACCGCCUCUUUAACUUUCUCUGAGAUAUGUGGUGGAGUGACAAUGAACAACAUUCUAUGUCUCUCGGUGUUCUUAGCGAUCGUCUACCUUCGAGGACUAACAUGGAACUUCUCAUCAGAAGUGUUAGUGAUUCUCAUCGUUUGUCUGGUGAUGGGUGGUUUCGCGAGUUUCCGCACAACUUAUCCUCUUUGGACAUGUUUCAUAGCUUACUUGCUUUACCCAUUCUCCUUGGGUCUGGUCUAUAUUCUUGAUUACUGGUUUGGCUGGUCGUAGAGAUCACACUCUGUUCAAAGAGUUUGUCCACAUGAGUGAGUUUCUUCUCGCGUGUUUCGUUUCUUCUCUAUAUAUGUUUAUGGAUUCCAGAGUGUAAAAACUUACAAAAGUUAAAAUUCUGAGAUUUGUCAGUGAUUAUGUAUUGAAAACACAGUCUUAUUAUUAAGCUAAUAUUACAUCUUGAUUUUUGCUUGCUA